AUGAUUUAAUAUGGUGAUACCAUGAUUUUAUUUGAGGAUGGAAAACCUAAAUAAUUUAUUACAGUUACCUAGGGUUAAACAUAUCAAAAUAAAUAUGGAGCAUACCAUCAUUAUACUUUUCUUGUUAAGCCUGGUGAAGAAAUACUUUCAAAAAAUGGAACAGGGCCAAUUUAUUUAAUGACUCCUAAUCCUCAUUUAAUAACAGAAACUGUUCCUCACAAAACUUAAAUUCUUUUUAUGGCUGAUAUAUCUAUGAUAAUACUUAAAUUAUGUUUAAAACCAGGUUAGAGAGUUAUUGAAAGUGGAACAGGUAGUGGAUCUUUAUCUUGUUCAUUAGCAGCAGCUGUUGGUCAUAAAGGCAGAUUAUUCACAUUUGAGUUCAAUAAGGAAAGAGCAAAUAAUGGUAAAGAAUUGUUUGCAAAAUUGAAAAUAAAUUAAGCAACUUGUUUUUGGAGAGAUGUUUAUACUAAUGGCUUUCUAAAAGGAGAUGAUGUUGAAAAUUAAGGAGAAUUUCCAUAAGAAAAUAGUGUAGAUGCUAUAUUUUUAGAUUUACCACAACCAUGGUUAGCUUUGGAUCACUCUAAGAAAAUGAUUAAAAAAGGUGGAAGAAUUUGUUGUUUCUCUCCAUGUAUUGAAUAAGUACAAAAAACAGCAUUAGAAUUGAGACAAUAAGGAUGGAAAAACUUGGAGACAUUAGAAUGUUUAAAGAGGUAGAAAAAUUUACUAUAUAAAUUAUAGACAUUUUGAAAGAAGAGUUAAACAAGAGUAAUCUUUAUUUGAUGAUGUUCAAAAGAAAGUAUGCACAGAUUAGAAUAAGAGAGUGACUUAUUCUUCAGGAAUAAAUUAGGCUUAUGGACACACUGGAUAUUUAACAUUUGCAUAAUAUAUAUGA